UGGGCGUGUUUGGGAGCUGCAGGUGUGUCCAGGUGUGGGUUCGUUGGGUCAGCAGAGGAUUUAACGGGACUUUGUGUCGGUUUGAGUUGUUUUUAAAGGAGGAUGAAGACGCUGGUGGUGUUCCUGCUCCUCAUGAACGCUUCCCAGCAUGCCUCAGCUGUGGAGUCGUAUGAGGGGGACUCGUUCACUUUGCUGUACUGUCAGUUUAAUACUCCUCUACUAGACAAUCCCUCAGUGGUGUGGAGUCGCUCCGACCUCAGUCCUCCAACCGUCCACCAGCGUCAGCUUGAAGGAGACGAACUAAAAGAUCAAAACCAGCGUUACAGCGGCCGAACAUCCAUGAAGACUGACGCUCUGCAGACUGGAGACCUCAGCCUGAACCUGACCAACCUCCAACUGUCUGACAGCGCCACCUACACCUGCUCCGUCAGAGAAUUUCGGCGUGAACUGAGCCGGAGUGAUGUACAGCUGCAGGUCAAAGAACGGUUUCCAUCCUGGGCCAAAGCUCUCCUGGUUCUCCUGGUUCUUCUUGUGGUUUCUGGAGGUCUACUAUUUCAUUUCCGACACUAUUUCAUGCCAGUUUACAAGGUGGAGGCAGAUUCAGAGGUGGAGUCUGUCCUGCUGCCCUGCAAAACCACAGUUUGCCUGCCUAAAGACGCAAAAGUGGAGUGGACAAUUGGUUCAUACACCAAGGUCCACGUGUAUCAGAACGGCUCUGACCAGCCUGAAGAACAGCACCAAGAUUAUAAAGGCCUAACGAAGAUGAAGAGAAACUUACCUGGAGAUCUCAGUCUGACCCUGAAAUACCCCACAGAUGGAGACACCUACACCUGCACCGCCUACAGCAGGGAGGGAAACAUCCUGCUGAAAAAAGAAGUGCUACUCAAUGUCAGAGCUAAAGUUCGCGAGUUGUGUUAUGGAAUAGUCUUUACCUGGUUUCUAAUCAGCAUGAGUGGAGCUCCCAGUCGCUCUGUAGACAAACGUGGCCUGGCUAAAGCACAGGCAACAUAA